ACAUAGCCUCAGUAGCUAGGUGCGUCGUAAAGCCCCAAUUACACACACACUGACACACCCUUGACGAAGUCGCAGGGGUACGCGAAACAGGAUGACCAGCACUUCUGUUCUAUGGCAUUGAUUAGCACCCUGCUUGCGCGCGAGCGUGAAAGCAGGGGAGUGUCCGGUCGGGGCGCCGACGUGGAUGUUGAUUGGUGAUGUGUACGGCUCACUCAGAUUUUGAUACCUAUGGAAGCAACACACUGUGAUGCUGCCAAGACACUCAUAGUUCUUGGAUCAGGCGGACACACGGCCGAGAUGGUGGCGCUGGUGUCGGCGCUGGACCCGGCCCGGUUCCGGCCGCGUCUCUACGUGGCCGCCGCCGGCGACCCGCUGAGCGGCGAGCGGGCGCUGCGCGCGGACGGCGGCCCGCCGGCGGAGGCGACCGUGCGCACGGUGCCGCGCAGCCGCCGCGUCGGCCAGGGCUGGCUGAGCAGCGUGCUGACGUCACUGGUCGCCCUGGUCGCCGCCGUCCGGCUGGUGUUCGUCGAGAGGCCGCGCGUGGUGCUGGUGAACGGUCCGGGCACGUGUGUCCCCGUCUGCCUGGCUGCUCUGCUCAUGAAGGUGGUGCUCCUGGCGUCCGGUCUACACAGUGUUCGUGGAGAGCGUGUGCCGCGUGCGCUCUCUGUCCCUCAGCGGACAGAUCCUGUACCGCCUGGCCGAUGACGUCAUCGUCCAGUGGCCCGAAGCUGCGUGACCGCUACCCGCGCGCCCUCUACAUGGGCCGGCUUGUGUGACGUCACCGUUCGGACGCGGCCGUGGCGCGCCGUUUUGGCCUUCUGCUGCAUGCAGACUUCACCAAUUAUGCUUCGCGGAAUGCGGUAUUGCCGGUAGCAAGGAAUGGGCUGUGUGGGAUGUGACCCUGUGAUAUUGCGCUCAUGUGACAUCAGGGACUGUUGUCCGCAAUGCUUUGCCGCCUAUAGGGACGUAGUUUCACGAAGCGCGUUGGGGGGGGAGGGGGGGGGGGGCUGGACAAUAAAAAAUGGCCCAACCUCCUCCAAAAUAUGCCCACAAACAGGUUUCUCCACAGAUUUGGUCCACUUUCCUCCCAAAGAUGGGGCAGGGGCUGAAGCCCCCCCCCCCCCCUCGAACUAAAAAGCAAGCUACACCCCUGGCUGCCUAUGCCCUGGUGUCCUGAAUUGAUGUCUGCUGUCGGUGGCUGGCUGGCCAGAUGAUUAUCAUUUUGGAUGCUGUUUGGGAAUUAGUUACUCUGCUUUGUCCAUCGAUCGAGUGCCUGGGUACCGGUCUUAGCCUUUUUCUGGUGGCUGCAUAACAGUAAUUGAGUGGUACGUGUCCAACAGUUCCAUCGUGCUAUUCGCUGUGACCGUCGCUCAGAUGAUUCAUGACAGUGGUUUUGGCUGUGUGAAAAACUGCUAAGCGUUUGGAGCGCUUUGCAGGAGUCGCCCAGAGGUCUGGAAGAUAUAGGCAUGGAUACAUCGUAAGCGGUCUGCAGGGAAGGCGUUUGUAUCACGAGAUAGCGCAAUUAGUGGUUCGGCAUGAGUCCCCUUCCCAUCUUGCCGUGGUCAUGUGCUCCGCGUCAAGGCUCAGGUUGUUGGUGGGAGCGCCAGAAUAAAAGAUGACGGCGCCAGCUUGGGUUGCGCUGUUUUAUUCGUAACUCAUUCACACCAGCGUGCGGCGAUUAAUUAGCUAUCUAGUGUUUUCUUGUUAUUGCUAUGUGUGUUAAUAAACUGUAUGUGUCU